AUGAGUAAGGUUACUACUGCCUGCACGAAUUGUAGAUUGACUCAUAAGAAAUGUGACAAUGAAAAAGUCUGUUUCAAUUGCAAAACCAAGCCAUGCAUUCGUAUUAAAGGUAAAAAGAGGGGAAAGAAGGCUAAAUCAUUACAACCAAACUACAUUGCAAAUUCGAACUUUAUUUCAAACUCGGUGAAAUUGGUGCAAUCCAAAAAUAUAAAUUCACACUUUAUUUCGAACUCUGUCAAAUCGGUGCAACCCAACUAUUUUGAAUCGACCGCAGACGAAAAUACAAAUUCAUGGUUUAACUCAAACUCUUUAAAAUCUUUACAAUCAAACUAUUUUGAAUUGAUUACAGCAGACAAUACAAAUUCUCACUUUAAUUCGAACUUAUUGAAAUCUUUACAACCCAACCAUUUUGAAUCGACUGCAACCGAAAAUACAAACCCACUCUUUAACUCGAACUCUGUGAAAUCUUUACAUAUUGAAUCAGCUGCAGCCGAAAACAUAAAUUCACACUUUAAUUCGAGUUCAUUAAAAUCGUUACAACCCAACUAUUUUAAUUCGACUGCGGCCGAAAAUACAAAUUCACCCUUUAAUUUGAACUCUGCAAAAUCUUUACGACCUAAUUAUUUUGAAGCGAUUACAGCCGAAAAUAAAUCAACUGCAACUGAAAAUACCAAUUCAUGCGUUAAUUCGAGCAUGGUCUACGAUCAACACUGCAGAGAAAACUCAAAUGAAAAGCUUAUUUCAGAACCGGAUGACGAAUACUUUCUUAUACGUGGCAAUCAGACCUGUUACUCCCCUCGCAGUCAGGAUAAUUUACUUGUUUUAUAUGGUUCUUAUUCCUAUGAAUCACCAACAGAAAGUGAAUGUCAUCAAAGAUAUUUUGGUGGUAGUUACAACAUCACUAAAUAG